GACCUGCGCAUCCACUUGUUGAGUUCACAACAGUUCACCGUCGCUCUAUUUAAAACGGCAACAACAUGGCACGCGCCGGUCUGGUCAGACGGGAGUCGGUGGAAACCGAGAUGCACAAGUCCGAAGAUAAAAUAAAAACCUUCGUUUACACCAAGAAGAGGGGCUACGAUGUUACCCGGAACCCCGCCUUGAACAAGGGCAUGGCUUUCUCCCUGGAGGAGCGCCUCCAGCUGGGGAUCCACGGCCUGCUGCCUCCCUGCUUCAUCAGCCAGGACGUCCAGCUGCAGCGAGUGCUCAAGAACUACGACAUGAAGACAGACGACCUGGACAGAUAUGUGUUUCUGAUGGGGCUCCAGGACCGCAACGAGAAACUGUUCUACCGGGUGCUGUCGUCAGACAUCGACAGAUUCAUGCCCAUCAUUUACACCCCCAUCGUGGGCCUGGCGUGCCAGCAAUACGGACUGAUAUUCAGAAGGCCGAGGGGGCUGUUCAUCUCUAUACAUGACCGGGGCCACAUUUCUACGCUGCUCCAGAACUGGCCAGAAAAGGACAUCAGGGCGGUGUGUGUGACGGACGGAGAGAGGAUCCUGGGGCUGGGAGACCUGGGCUGCUGUGGCAUGGGCAUCCCCGUGGGUAAGCUGGCCCUCUACACAGCCUGUGGAGGUGUGCCGCCCCACCAGUGCCUGCCUAUCAUGCUGGAUGUGGGCACGGACAAUGAGGCGCUGCUGAAGGACCCUCUCUACAUUGGGCUGAGACAUAAGAGAGUGCGGGGCCAGGCCUACGAUGACCUGCUGGAUGAAUUUAUGAAGGCUGUGUCAGACAGGUAUAGCAGUACCGCUGCAGUGGCAGUAGCCGGACUCCUGGCCGCUCUCCGCGUCACCAAGAGCAAAAUGUGCGACCAUACCAUCGUGUUCCAAGGUGCAGGAGAGGCAGCGAUGGGGAUUGCUGAGCUGGUCGCCAUGGCCAUGGAGAAGGAGGGACUCGCUAAGGACGAGUGCUUGAAAAAGAUCUGGAUGGUCGAUUCCAAGGGUCUCGUUGUCAAAGGUCGAGACCAGCUGACUCACGAGAAGGAGAGGUUUGCUCAUCAGCACCCACAGAUGAAGAAACUGGAGGAUGUGGUUCGGGAACUGAAACCUACAGCUAUCAUUGGUGUGGCGGCCGUUGCCGGGGCCUUCACCCAGCAGAUCAUCACAGACAUGGCUUCCUUCAAUGAACAGCCAAUCAUCUUUGCCCUCAGCAACCCGACCAGCAAAGCAGAAUGCACUGCCGAGCAGUGCUACACACUCACAGGGGGGCGGGGCAUCUUUGCCAGUGGCAGCCCGUUUGACCCGGUCACCCUGUCUGACGGGAGGACGUUCUUCCCUGGUCAGGGAAACAACGCCUACAUCUUCCCCGGUGUGGGCCUGGCUGUCACCGCUUGCGCCAUCCGACAUAUCACUGAGGAAAUCUUCCUCACUGCAGCAGAGGCUCUCGCUCGCCUGGUGAUAGAGAAGGACCUGGCAGAGGGAAGGCUGUAUCCUCCUCUCAGCUCCAUCAGGGACGUCUCUCUCAAACUGGCUGUCAAGAUCAUGGAGUAUGCCUAUGAGCACAACAUGGCGACACUUCGCCCGGAGCCGUCCGACAAAGAAGCCUACCUGCACUCCCUCACCUAUAGCACUGACUAUGACGAGUUUGCUGUGGACUCGUACUGCUGGCCAGAGGACAGCAUGACUGUGCAGACAUGCAAACUUUAAUGCACUGGACAGAGAGACCCAACGAGCCCUGGAGGGGUACGCUAGCUGACGGGCAGUGACGUUGGGUUAAGAAAGUGGCUGUGUGUAGGAUUUUUCUCAUUUAUUUGUGAUUGUGAAAUCAGUGGUAGCAACACAUGCAGAGGUAUUGGGCUUUGUGUAUUUAUUGUAGCACAGUAGUUUAAAACGCCAGUUUAAGAAAAUGCAAAUUUAUGGAUCACCAAGAUGGAAGGAUGCCGAUGAAAUGAGAAACAGGAAGCAGUUUACAGACGUUAUGAAAUAUUGCACUAAUGGUUGUUAUCACAUUACAUUUUACGAUAAUAUAUUCAAGGGAAGUCCUUCACAGGUUAAUUUUAGUUGAGCUGUAAUUGCCAGCUACUUGAUGACUGUGUUAACUAUAAUCCGAAAACUCUUUGUCAAAUAA